GCGGCGCGGGCGGAGGCGGGGCAGGCGGUCGGUUGCUAAGCCUUGGGAGGCGCUGUGCUCGCGUGCGGUUCUUCAGUCAGAGCCGUGCCGAGGAUGGAGGCAGCCCCGGGCCUCGGGGAGCAGCGCGUGGACGGCAACACCGGGAGCCCGGAGCCGGAGCCUGAGCCCGUGCUGUGGCAAGCCCUCCCGGUCCUGUCUGAGCAGCAGUCCAGGGACGUGGAGCUGGUACUGGCCUACGCCGCGCCCAUCCUGGACAAGCGCCAGACGUCGCGGCUUCUCAAGGAGGUGUCGGCUGUGCACCCACUGCCCGCACAGCCUCAUCUGAAGAGGGUGCGGCCCAGCCGCGGUGCCGGCCCGCAUGCGCUCGAGAUGCUGCUGUGCCUGGCGGGGCCGGCUGCAGGGGCCAGGUCGCUCGCCGAGCUCCUCCCGCAGCCGGCCGUGGACCCUCGUGGCCUGGGACAGCCCUUCCUGGUGCCCGUGCCGGCCCGGCCACCCCUGACCAGAGGCCAGUUCGAGGAGGCGCGUGCCUACUGGCCCACGUCCUUCCACGAGGAUAGGCAGGUGACUCGCGCCUUGGCCGGGCGGCUGUUCUCGGCACAGGAGCGCACGGCGAUGCAGGCCCACAUGGAGCGGGCCGUGUGGGCAGCGCGCCAGGCAGCCGCCAGGGGCCUCAGGGCGGUGGGAGCCGUGGUGGUGGACCCGUCCUCUGGCCGCGUGCUGGCCACAGGCCACGACUGCAGCAGCAGAGCCCACCCCCUGCUGCACGCCACCAUGGUGUGUAUUGACCUGGUGGCGCAGGGCCAGGGCCGCGGUGCCUAUGACCUUGGCCCCUUCCCUGCCUGUUCCUUCGCCCCGGCCGGCGCCCCCCAGGGUGUCCGUGUGGGCUCUGUGCGCAAGCUGGACGAGGACGGGGACGCGUGCUCGGACAGCCUCCCCUACGUGUGCACGGGCUAUGACCUGUACGUCACCCGGGAGCCCUGUGCCAUGUGCGCCAUGGCCCUGGUGCACUCGCGCGUGCAGCGCGUCUUCUACGGCGCACCCUCGUCCGACGGCGCCCUGGGCACCCGCUUCCGCAUCCACGCCCGGCCCGACCUCAACCACCGCUUCCAGGUGUUCCGUGGGGUCCUGGAGGCCCAGUGCCGCCAGCUGGACCCUGGCUCCUAGGCACCGACAGCUCGGCUCCUCC